AUGACGACCACGACGUUCAGACACAUCGACACAAAUUCCUACACCGGCAAGCCAUGGGGCAAAGUCGACGGCGACGGCAAGUCGUUCAAGAUGGAGUGGGUCGAACGGCCUGUGCACAACAUUCGAGGUCAUGAGAGCGAGUUCGACACGAACAACUCGGGGUUCGCGGUAUACAACUACCCAGCAAAAGAGAAGGCAUUCACAGACGACGAGGCAAUACGCGAAGGCUACUACAAAGAAGUCGAGAAACUGCUCCGCGAGAAGCUGCCCGGGAUAAAAAAAGUCCACAUUUUCGACCACACGAUUCGAAGACGGGAGAAGGCGUCACCACGUCAGCCAGUGCAGCAGGUCCACGUCGAUCAGACUCCCGGCGCAGCAGACGUGCGCGUCAGACGGCAUUUGGGCGAUGAGGCGGAAGAACUUCUGAGAGGUCGCUAUCAGAUCAUAAAUGUUUGGAGACCAAUCUCGCAUCCAGCAUCUGACUUCCCACUCGCGGUUGUUGACUGGCGCAGUACAGAGCCUGCAGAUUUCAUCCCGGUCGACCUGAUGUAUCCAAAGCGCGCAGACAGCGUUACGGAUGACGAUGAUCGAGGAAAGGAGAUUCUUCCAGAUCCGAAUUCUAUGGAUAGUACAGCUGGGUACGAAGUCAAGGGCGAGACGCUUGGUGUGCGCGCGAACACGAAUCAUAAGUUCUACUAUCAGAAAGAUAUGACCCCGGACGAGGUGAUGCUGCUCAAGUGCUACGACUCGUAUGGCAAUGAUGAGCCGAUGGGUAAGAAGGGCAUUGCUGUGAGGACACCACACACUGCAUUCGUGGACCCCAACACGCCGAAAGAUGCGCCUGGACGACAGAGUAUUGAGGUCAGAUGUUUGGUAUUCUAUGAAUAG